UCCGUUAUGGGUAUUUCCGGGUAUGUGAAUGACAAAAUGGCGUCUUCAGGAAAAAGUAAGCGUAUGAAGGGGAAAACCCUAGAUUUGAAUUCUUUUCUUGGCGAUGAGAAUACACCUUCAGGAUUUGCUGUAGUUAAUGCUAAGAAGUUAGACUGGGCUGAAGCAGUGGAAGGUGACAGUGGCGAUGAGAGAUUUCCAAUAAAUUACAAGAGAGAUGAGAAAAUUGUCCUUCCAACUGCACCCAAAGCUGCUCGGGGACCUGACAUUGAUCCUUCUCAACUCCCUACCCAGCCUCCUUAUACUGUAUACUUGGGAAAUCUCCCAUAUGAUAUAAAUGAAGAUGACAUCAUGCAUUUUUUUAGAAAUCUUAAGGUCACUUCGGUACGUCUUCCUCGUGAAGGUGGUGAUCGAGGCAGAAUACGAGGGUUUGGCUAUGCCGAGUUUACUAACAGAGAAGCUCUAAUUGAAGCAUUGGCACUGAAUAAUGAGAACUUGAAAAAUAGAUCUAUACGAGUGAGUUUAGCAGCAGAACAUGGAGGAGACAAUGAUCGAGAAAGGCGUGAUGACAGAGUUGACAGAACAGCGGGUGAUUGGAGAGCAGCUCCUCGUAAUGACCCAUCUGGAGAUGAUCGCUACAGAAAUAGCUCGUAUUCCAAGGAUUAUGAAAGAGGAGAUCAUGGCUUUGAUAACAGAGAACUUUAUCGUGGAAGAGGGAGUUAUGAUAGAGAUAGAGAUGGUGGUCCUAGGAAGGAUCAAUAUAGCAGUGACAGAGAUUAUGAUAAAGAUCGACGGUAUGAUCGGCCACCCCGAGAUAAGCCUGGUGACAGAUGGGAUUCGUAUGACAGAGGAUAUGAUCGAGGUGGUCGUGGAGGUCGAAGAGAUUUUGGCAGUGGUUUUCGAGAUAGCUAUGAUAGGCGACGUGAUGAUUAUGGCUCUAGGGAUAACUAUGAGAAACGUAGAGAUGACUAUGGCUCAAGAGAUGGAUAUGAUAGGCGGCGUGAGGAUUAUGGUUCAAAGGAUAGUUAUAACAGACAGCGAGAUGAUUAUGGUUAUAGGGAAGGCUCUGAUAAGUAUAGAGAUGACUAUGGUCCUAGAGAUAGUUAUGAGAAACGCAGAGAUGACUCGGAUAGAAGAGAUGACAGAGAUGAAAAAGAAAUUCCCAAAGAACGGCCUAAAUUAAACCUGAAACCACGAACUAAACCAUUAGAAAAUGUGGAUUCAAAAGUGUCUGGUACUUCAUCGGUUAGUAUUUUUGGAGGUGCUAAACCUGUGGACACUGCUACAAAAGAAAGAGAAAUUGAAGAACGUUUAGCUAGGGAGAAGGAAAUUCAAGAAAAUCAACGUGGAAGAUUGAAAAAAGAUGAUCCACGUGCAUCACGAUCUUCGAGGUCUUCCUCCCGACAGGAAGAUGAACGAGAAAGUUAUCAGAGUAGAGAGUCACAAGAGGUUAGAAAAGGUGAACAUCAGAAACACACUGAAGCCCAACAUGGAGACACUGAUUCAAGAAGUUAUAGAGAUAGACGGCAGACUAAAGAUGAUAACAUAGGAAGACCUCCUCGUCCUCCUGUGAAAUAUGAAGCAUCAAGUCCAAUUUAUCCUAUUACAAACAAGUUUUCUCAGCUAAUGAAUGAAGAGGAUGUUGAUGAUCAAGGAAGUACAUCAGACUAAGGCAUUUUAUGAGAUUGAAAGAGACUGAACUGAUGUGUUUAGAAAAUUAAAAUAGAAAAUGCUGGUUUCCAUAACCUGAGUUUAUAGAUCUAAAGAUAUUAUUUUUGAAAACAAGAAAAGACCUGGAGGUUUUUGACUUUCAUAUUUCUCCUCUUACCUAACCAGUGCAUAAACUUCUCACAACUUGUGUAGUUUUAUGAGAUAAUGCAGCAGUUGCCUUCAUUUUGACAUUUUGGAAGUAUGUUUUACUGCAACCUCAGUAAUGUUUUUUUUUUUUAAUAGGGUUGAUAAAUUGCAAGCAUUGGGUGAUUUUACAUUUUCAAUUAUUCAUUCUUCUUUUUUUUAUGUGCAGUUGUCAUAUUAGAAGGAGUUGUUAUUUAGUUAAAUAUGUAAUCAUAUAUAUAUGGGAAAUCUAUACCCAAAUAAAGUUGUAAAGAAUGUAAAUGAUGGAAUUGCAAUUGUACUGUGUAAAAAUUAAGCCUUUAAUCACAGGUAAUUGCUACUGAAAUUAUAUUUUGUUAUAUCUGAUGUUCAGGGUGUUUCAGUAAUGUAAUGGAGCAUGUACUGGUUUUCUUUCUUUGGUGCAAGUAGUGUUUUCAGUAAAAUACUUUAAUAAUCAACCUCGACUGAAUUUGAAUUAGUGAUUCAUAAUUGGCAACAAUUUAUUUCUUCUGUUGAUGUAUUUGCCUCUCAAUCUUACAAUGUUUAUCAAGAAGUAACUAAUGCAUGUUGUGAGCAUGCUUAUGGACAUGAUGUAAAAUAAUUAUAAAGAUCUAUAGUAAAGUUGGACACAUGCAAGUUUUAUAUCCUAGUUUUAUUACAUUUGCACACAAUAACCAAAUUCAGCUUUAUAUCCCUUAUGAGCAACAUUAAAAAGUAAACGUUAAUUGUGUUUCUCAGUAUAACUAGCAGAUAAGAAGACUUAAAAAUCUAAUGGGGCCAUUGAAUGAAUAUUUUAGAGAAGUGAUAUAAUUACAUCAAGGACCUUGAAAUUCAGAAGGAAAACUUUGAUGUGGUUUUUCAACUAUUAACUACAUGAGUUUGUAGCAUGUUACAGUGCUUUUUUAAUUUAUCUUUUAUCUUCUAGAAUUUCUUCACUAUUAUGUUCCCAGAGAGCAUGUUUAUGUUUGUAUUAUUACAACAUCGUUUUCUUUCAUAGAAAUGUAUUUAACAGGAAGUGAAAAACAAAUGCACACCUAGUUCAGAAGAGAAGAAAAUUUUUUUAGCAUGAUAUUUAAAAAAAAGUGAUAAACAUUCAAACUGUUGAUACAAAGUAUAAGUUUAAACAUAGGGCUUUUUAGGUUCUUGAUUUUUACAAGAAUGUUAAAGUGAACAUAAUUUGUUUAAUAUUUAUCCUCAGGCUUCCUUUUACGUUUUAUUUACUAAAGCAACUUCUAUUAUUUG